AUGGCCAGGCACGCCGCCUCUACUCCUUGGGCCAGCGUGCCCCGCCUCCGCCUUGGGCCGCGGACGUCGCCUCCGUCACCGCUCCUCGGGGCUGCAGCAAUCGCCUAUCAUGCCAGUGAUGAAAUCGAUCGGAUCUGGGAGCUGGUGUAUCGACGUUUAAAAGGGAGGCGAGGAUUCGCAUCUCGCGUUGCAUGCGAUGGGGGCACCGCAGUGCUGACAGCCGGCGAUUGGGGCCCCCGCACGGCUCCGAGCCCGUGCGCCGCGGCGGCACCCACAGUUGCCCGUCACUCAGCCAUAGAGAUAAUGCAAAGGGAUUAUGACAGAAGGAAUCUUCAGCAAGAGAAGGAAAAGCAUUUGAUGCUUAUGGAGCCCCAAAAUCUUGGAAAUACAGACGAUCAGUUUGUCUGGCCCUGGAUGGGCGUUCUAGUUAAUGUGCCUACUGAGUGGAAGAAUGGGCGCCAAGUUGGAGAAAGUGGAAAUCGGCUUAAAGAGCAACUUGCACGCUUCUGCCCGCAGAAGGUUAUCCCUUUAUGGAAUUACAGAGGUCACACCGGUAAUGCUAUUGUUGAGUUUGGAAAAGACUGGACUGGCUUCAAAAAUGCUCUUGCCUUUGAAAAUCAUUUUGAGGCAGAGGGCUAUGGCAAAAGGGAUUGGAAGCUGAAGUACAGGGGGUCAGGGAUGUUUGGAUGGGUUGCCAAAGCUGAUGAUCAUAGAUGCCAAGGGCCUAUAGGUGACUAUUUGCAAAAGAAUGGUGAUCUGAAAACUGUUGAUGAUCUUGAAAGUGAAGGGACCCGUAAAACUGAUACGCUUGUGGCAACUUUAGCUAGCCAGAUUGAAGUAAAGAACAGGCAUGUGCAAGAACUGGAAAACAAGUGCAAUGAGACGACUGCAUCACUUGACAGGAUGAUGGAGCAAAGGGAGCUGAUCCUCCAGAAGUAUAAUGAAGAAAUUCGCAAGAUGCAGCUAAUUGCUCGUAGGCACUCGCAGAAGAUCAUCGAUGAUAAUAAAAAACUCCGCAAGGAUUUGGAGUCCAAGAUGCAGGAACUUGACUCAAGAUCCAAGGAGCUUGAUGACAUAGCUUUGCAAAGGGAUUAUGACAGAAGGAAUCUUCAGCAAGAGAAGGAAAAGAACAAAAUUAAAACUAAGCAUCUUAUGAUGGCAACAAUGGAGCAACAGAAGGCUGACGAGAACGUGCUUAAGCUUGUGGAAGAACACAAGAGGGAGAAACAAGCUGCUCUAGGAAAGAUUCUCAGGUUACAACAGCAAUUAGAUGCCAAACAGAAGCUUGAACUGGAAAUACAAUCGCUGGAAAGCAAAAUGAAAGUUAUGAAGCAUAUGCCAGGUGAACAGGAUUCUGAAUCAAAGAAGAAGAUGGAUGAACUCGCUGAGGAGCUGAAGGAAAAGAUGGAUGAAUUGGAAGCAAUGGAGUUUCUGAACCAAACUCUGUUUAUCAAGGAAAGGAAGAGCAACGAUGAGUUGCAAUACGCUCGGAAGGAGCUGAUACAUGGCUUUAAUGAGCUUGCUGUUGCUGGCCGAGCAAAUAUAGGUAUAAAGAGAAUGGGUGAGCUUGAUCUCAAAGUAUUUGGAAUCGCUUGCAAGAAAAGGCUAUCAAAAGAGGAUGCAGCAGUCACUUCUGCUCUCCUUUGUUCAAAGUGGGAAGAAAAAAUUAGAAACCCAAACUGGUACCCUUUUAAGGUUACAGUGGUGGAUGGGAAAGAAAUUGAAAUUCUUAAAGAGGACGAUGCGAUGCUCCAGGAGCUGAAAGAAGAGCACGGUGAAGAAAUUUAUGGGUUGGUAACCAAGGCACUGCUUGAGAUCAAUGAGUACAAUCCUAGUGGCCGCUAUCCUGUACCAGAGCUGUGGAACUACAAGGAAGGCCGGAAAGCAACGCUGAAGGAAGCCGUUCAGCACGUCAUGAAGCAAUGGAAGACUCACAAGAGAAAGCGUUGA